AUGUCUGAUAAUGAAGAUAUGUAUUUUUCUCUCUUACAUAAAUCUCAUAAUCAUCUAUUAACUUAUCGUGCUUUUGAACAAGUUCGUCUCAUUGCUCUUCGACAUUAUUGGUUACCAAAUUCAAUUAUUUUUCAUGUACAAAGUGAUGAUUCUGAAUAUGCAUUUGAAUUUUCAUUAAACGCAUCGAAUGAACACUACUAUUUAUAUAUACCAUGGAAUAGCGAUUAUUUACCUAUUCGAUGUCAUAUAUCCUGUCGAAAAUUAGCCGACGAUGGCUACGCAUGGACAAUACGUAUGCUUGAUAGGAUAUUACGAUUACUGUGUGAUCAUUGCCCUGGUUUAUUUCAACUUGAAUAUAAAAAUGGUUUAUUUGGUCGACAAAUGAAUCGUUCAAUUAUUUAUAAUGGUCUUGCUAAUCUUUGUCCAAUGGAUUAUAGUCAUUGGAAACAACGUGUACAAUUACAGUAUGAUCGUUUAAGUCCAACGAGACAAACAACGACGAUACUAGCCGAUAUUGAACAAGCCACAACCGGUAAUGAAAAUGGCAUCCGUUCAAUUAAAUAUCAAACACUUGGUCAUGGAAAAAUACUCAAUGAGCAUUAUUAUGAUUGGUAUGUGUAA